GCUUGUCCGUUCUGGCUCGCCGUCCUUCAGCAUGGCUGCCGCUUCGCUGCAGCUAAGGCUGACCCUAUACCCGGGAGCGCGCGGCCUGCGCACCUUCUCCUCAGUCGCCAGGCCCGCGGCUCCAAGAGCCGGCCCGCGUACAGUAUCCAGAGGUGAAAGGCCGAUGAGAAGAAAGGCACUGCCUCCUAGGACGGAGAAGAUGGAGACUGACCAGGACUGGCCCAGCGUUUACCCUACUGCUGCACCGUUUAAACCCUCGGCUGUUCCUCUACCUGUUCGAAUGGGAUAUCCAGUGAAGAAGGGUGUGCCCAUGGCGAAGGAGGGGAAUGUAGAGCUUCUAAAGAUCCCAAAUUUUCUGCAUUUGACUCCUGUGGCAAUUAAAAGGCACUGCGGAGCUCUAAAAGAUUUCUGCACUGAGUGGCCAGCUGCACUCGACAGUGAUGAGAAAUGUGAGAAGCAUUUUCCAGUCGAGAUUGACACAGCGGAUUAUGUGUCAUCAGGACCGUCCAUUCGAAACCCCAGAGCGCGAGCGGUAACUUUAAGGGUUAAACUUUCCAGUUUGAAUUUAGACAAUCAUGCAAAGAAAAAACUUAUUAAACUUGUAGGCGAGCGGUACUGCAAGACUACUGAUGUGCUCACUAUCAAGACAGACAGAUGCCCUUUGAAGCGGCAGAACUAUGACUAUGCAAUGUAUCUCCUUACAGUCCUGUACCAUGAAUCUUGGAAAACUGAAGAAUGGGAAAAAAAUAAGACUGAGGAAGACAUGGAUGAGUAUGUGUGGGCGAAGAGCUCCUCGGAGAACAGCGUCCUCCAGACCCUGCUGCAGAUGAGAGCUGCCGAGAGCAGUGUGGCGCCGAGCAGAGAAGAGCUGCUGGGGACUAAAGAGGUCGAAGAUUACCAGAAGUGUGUCGUUCGUCUCAAGAAUGAGGGGGAGAACGAGGCAAGCCUUGCUCAGUACAAAGAGUCUGUGAAGAGAUUAUUAAAUUUGGCCUGAAGUCUGAACUAGAAACCUCUGUAUUAAUUUUAUAAUGUAUUUAGUCACUGGUUUGAUAUAAAUGGGAGAAUACUUAAGAAUACUGUCUUAGGUAGCAUUGUGCCUUUCAGACUCUUGUGCUGUGGGGGUCAGGAUGGGGCUAGGGAUUGUGGUUUCUAUGUUUCUGGCAUAUUUUGACCUUUUUUUUUUUUUUUUUUUUGUUCUUUUUUUCGGAGCUGGGGAUCGAACCCAGGGCCUUGCGCUUCCUAGGCAAGCUCUCUACCACUGAGCUAAAUCCCCAACCCCUUGACCUUAUUUUUUUUUUUUUUUUUUUUUUUUUUUUUGGUUCUUUUUUUUCGGAGCUGGGGAGCUGGGGACUGAACCCAGGGCCUUGCGCUUCCUAGGUAAGCUGACCGAACCCAGGGCCUUGCGCUUCCUAGGUAAGCGCUCUACCGCUGAGCUAAAUCCCCAGCCCCCCUUGACCUUAUUUUUAUACAUCACCUUAAUCCUCCCCCAAUUUCAGAGCAUAAUUUUUUGAUUAGCUGCUAUGUCUCCACUGUUUGGGUUUAGUGAUUGCUUUUGAUCAAUAACUUUGGUUACUAAGGAUACCUAGCCCAGUGCCUGACCAAGCCCUCAGUGCCCCUCUGUGGCCAGCCUCGAGGAGGCUGCACUCUCCUGUGGACUGCAGCCAGGCUAGCUCUUGCUCCUCAUCCACCCCAGCAUCACAUUCAAUGGUGCUCUGUCUCACAGGCCACUUAGCAGCAGACAGAAAACUCUCCUGGUAGCUGUCCCUUUGCAGCUGGCCUUUGCAGGUGGCUUAGUUUCAUAGCUUAGGUAGUGAGCCGCACAGCAGCACAGCACCAGUACUAAUAAGAUUUGGUUUUUGUUGUGAGAACAGAGAACACAGACAACCAACCAAUCCUGGAGGAUGUAAAGCUGUUAUGGCAAAAACUGCAUCCAGAUGUGCUGGCCACUUCCUGAUUUAGGCUUGUGUGAUAGAGGAUUGGGGUUCCCCGUGGAAACAAGUGAUUAGCUGCUCGACCCACCCACAGCUGCCUGUCUUGCAGUCUGAAGUUCUCUGCCUUCCUGUGGCCAUUUGAUAUUGUGUAAGCUCUGAUUAGCUAAACUCUGCCUCUAGAGCUCAUUGUCCCAGGCCCAGCUGGCAGGAAGGAUAGGUGGAGACCUGCCCACAGCCUUCUCUCUGCUCCUUCUGCCCUUACAGUCACAGCUCAGUAGAAAACGUGGGCCAGGACAACAGAUGGCU